UAUUUCGCCGGUACACAACCCUGAUCCUAAAAAGUAAACAACGGCGGUGAGGAGAUGGUGGGAUUUCCUAUCGCAAAGUUAGUUACUUUAGUGAUCAAGCAAGUGUCCAAACCACUUGCCAACGUAGCCAAGACUCGGGCGAAGAACAGCCAUUUCUUCAGAACCUUUGUAUUAAUGCCACCCGCCCAGUUUUACCACUGGUGUGAGGUGCGCAUGAAGAUGUAUGUCAUGAAUCUUGGACGGUCCAGUCAAGGGUCAACCAUACCACGCUUGAGUGAGGAAGCUGCAAUUGAACUAGGUGCUAAUUUGCUAGGUAAGUGGAAAAGCUUUUUUACAUAUUUGUUUGUGUUCACAUUUGUGUAG